AGUUGUGUAUCGAUCACUUCCACUACUGCCAUAUGGAGAGAGACAGGCAGGCCCUCGAGAUAGCCGUCGCGGCGACGGAUUCGGCGGUGCACAAGGUGGAGGCGCCGCCGCCCACGACCUCGCUGGAGAAGAUGAAGACCCGAGUGAAGGAGACCUUCUUCCCCGACGACCCCUUCCGCCACUUCAAGGGGCAGCCGCCGAGGAGGAAGUGCGUGCUCGGCUUGCGGUACCUCUUCCCCGUCCUCGACUGGCUUCCCUACUACAACCUCUCCUUCUUCAAGUCCGAUCUCAUCGCCGGGCUCACCAUCGCUAGCCUCGCCAUCCCCCAGGGAAUAAGCUACGCAAAGCUUGCAAAUUUGCCUCCCAUCAUCGGUCUGUAUACGAGCUUCGUGCCGCCUCUGGUGUACUCGGUGCUGGGGAGCUCCAGGGAUCUGGCAGUGGGACCGGUGUCGAUAGCGUCUCUCAUAAUGGGGGCCAUGCUGAGGCAGGCAGUGAACCCUAACACCGACCCGAACCUCUUCCUUCAGCUGGCCUUCACUGCCACCUUGUUCGCCGGCGUCUUUCAAGCCUCUCUUGGCAUUCUAAGAUUAGGGUUCAUCAUCGACUUCCUGUCCAAGGCGACUCUGGUUGGGUUCAUGGCCGGAGCAGCCAUUAUCGUGUCUCUGCAGCAGCUUAAGAACCUCUUGGGCAUCGUCCAUUUCACCAAGGAGAUGUCGGUGGUUCCAGUCAUGGCGUCUGUCUUUCACAACGUCAAUGAGUGGUCAUGGCAGACGGUGGCGAUGGGGAUCGCCUUCUUGGGGUUUCUGCUGGUGGCGAGAUACGUCGGAAUGAAAAGACCAAAGCUAUUUUGGCUGUCAGUCGGAUCGCCGUUGGCGUCUGUCAUAAUUUCCACCCUCAUCGUCUUCCUCGUCAAAGCUCAAAAUCAUGGAAUCAGCAUCAUCGGGAAUCUGAAAUGCGGAUUGAACAGUCCAUCUUGGAACAAACUAGUCUUUGACAAAGCCUACUUGAGCGUCGUGAUCAAAACAGGACUUACCACCGGGAUCAUCUCUCUCACUGAAGGGAUCGCCAGUGGAAGAACUUUUGCUGCGCUCCGAGGUUACCAAGUGGACGGAAACAAGGAAAUGAUGGCCAUAGGGCUGAUGAACGUUGUGGGAUCUUGCACUUCAUGCUACGUAUCUACUGGGGCCUUCUCGCGUUCGGCGGUGAACCACAACGCCGGUUGCAAGACCGCAAUGUCGAACAUAGUGAUGGCGCUGACCGUGAUGAUCACGCUCCUCUUCCUCAUGCCGCUGUUUGCUUACACCCCCAACGUCGUGCUCGCUUCCAUCAUAAUCGCCGCAGUCAUUGGCCUCGUCGACGUGCCCACUGCCUUCCAAAUAUGGAAACUCGACAAGGUCGACUUUGUCGUCUGCCUAUCGUCGUUUCUCGGAGUGAUCUUCAUCUCGGUCCAGGAAGGGCUUGCCAUCGCGGUCGGUUUAUCGAUCUUUCGAAUCCUUCUCCAGACCACAAGGCCCAAAAUUGUUGAGCUUGGGAACAUCUUAGGAACGAACAUAUACAGAGACAUACAUCAGUAUAGAGAUGCUAAGGGAGUUGCUGGGUUCCUCAUCCUUGCCAUUGAAGCUCCCAUUAAUUUCUCGAACACCACAUAUCUCAAGGAAAGGAUGACAAGAUGGAUCGAAGAAGAGAAGAGCAUGAACGAAAAGGAACUGGAUCUUCAAUAUGUAAUCCUCGAUUUGUCUGGUGUGCCUACAGUAGAUACGAGUGGAAUCUCCUUUCUUAUUGACCUGAAGAAGACAGCAUCAAAAUUUGAUCUUGAGCUCAUUUUCAUAAACCCUUUGGGAGAAGUCAUGGAGAAACUGCAGAGGGCGAACAAAAUGCAAGGGUUCCUUGGAGUGAACUCCCUCUACUUGACGAUUCAUGAGGCUGUGUUUUCAUGUACAUCGUUCCUUGCAGAAAGGAAAUUGUGAUGGCCAAGUUUCAUCUCCAUUAGUCAGUCAUCUUGUAAAUGGUAAGAAAUGCUUUGUAAUAGAAGACUUUGGUCAUGCGUUUUCUUUAAAAAGUUUAAUGCAAUCUAUAACGAUGGUAGUUUUUCUUUU